GGCGAACUGCUUAUCUACGGAGGACUAUGGCUUCUAUAUAUACCAACACCCCGCUCCCUGCUGCACGGGUAACAGCAGUCACAGUCACAGCCGAAGAAUUCCAGUACAGAGUACGGAGCACUCAAUUACAAUAUUCUAAGUCCCCACAGACUCAAGAUGGGAAGCCUGGGAAUGGAAGAGCGCAUUGCUCUCAAACGUGCCCGACAAGCAGCCCUGGUGCCGGAUGAGUGGCGUCUUCGCACUCUUCCGACGGAGACAGGCAUCAACGCGCUGAAAGUCAUCCGUAAUUGCGAUCUCCUUUCACAGAAGGAAAGGGAUAUUACAGAAACUACCGAUGCGAAUAUCCUGCUGGGGAAGUUGGCUUCCAAAGAGCUAACCUCCCUGGAGGUCACCACGGCGUUCGCAAAACGCGCCGCUCUGGCGCACCAGUUGACAAAUUGCUGCACGGAAAUAUUCUUUGAUGAUGCAUUCAAAGACGCCCGCGCAGCCAAUGAUUACCUGGCGAAGACGGGGAAGACUCUGGGCCCUCUGCAUGGUCUUCCUGUCUCGGUUAAAGAUGCAUUCCGGGUCAAGGGGCAAGACACCACUGUCGGCUGGGUUGCCAUGUCAGGAAAGCCUGCGGCCGACGAUGGGAUUGUCCUUCAGAUUAUCCGGAAGCUGGGAGGAGUGCCCUAUGUCAAAACGAACGUUCCACAGUCCAUGAUGAUGUCCGAUUCAUACAACCAUCUGUUUGGGCAAUGCGUCAACACCCUCAACACCAAAUUCAUCUCCGGCGGCAGUUCAGGAGGAGAGUCGGCUCUUCUGAGUGCUCUGGGCAGUAUUGUCGGCAUUGGCACAGAUAUUGGAGGUUCAAUUCGGAUUCCGGCCAGUCUAUGCGGCAUCUAUGGUCUGUCUCCAACUUCUGGCCGUCAUCCACAUGAGCAAUUCAGCCCACGCCAGGACAUAGUGCGCUCUGUGGCUGGCCCAAUGGCAUGUAGCUUAUCCAGCAUCGAGGCCUAUAUGGAUGCCUUGAUGCAGGUUGAGCCGUGGACCAUCGAUCCCAUACUUGCCCCAGUGCCCUGGCGGUCUACGCUGAGUAACCCCCCCAAGCGCCUCAGAGUCGGCUAUAUCAUCGAUGAUGGCAUGGUCAAAGUACAACCUCCCGUGGCGCGAGCUGUGAGGAAGACAGUUGCAGCUCUGCUCGAGGCUGGACACGAAGGUCGGUCUCCACACCAGAACGAAUCUGCCCAGGGUCUAACCAUGGAUGCCGAUCUUAGUAUUCGAGUGGGACGCCAGCAAACAUCCCUACGGCUAUGAUCUCUGGCUUCGUGGGAUCCUCUCCGACGGUGGCGAGGGUGCUCGCAAGAUGUGUGCACAGAGUGGCGAGCCGCUGAUCAAGGGGAUGCUGGUUGGCACCGAAAAGGAUAUCUUGACCACAAGUGAACUGCACCAAGUACGUCGUUCACCGAAAUGGAUAUCUAGACGCUGAUACUCCGAUGCUAACCACUGCGCAGCUCCUCUUUGACAAACGCAACUUGGAAACAGAGUAUCUGAAGCAGUGGACAGGCUCUGGCAUCGAUGCCCUCAUCAUGCCGGUGACCCCAUGGGCCGGAUAUCUGCCAAAGACUUGGGUCAGUGGACCGCAAUACGUCGGUUAUACUUCCAUCUGGAACCUCCUCAACUAUGCAGCACUUGCUGUGCCUGCGACCACGGUGAGCCUCGAAGAGGAUAGGCCCGACGACGACUGGCUAGGCCAUGUACCAAGGAAUGACCUUGAUGAAUUCAAUUACAGGCAAU